AUGAAGCUCGACGACAACCGCGAUUUCCCCGACAGCGCCAUCCCCGCUCUCCAAAUCAUCUGUAAACUUUGCAUCCACAGUCCCGAACGUCGUCGCGACUUUUCCCAAGAUAUUGACUUCAACAUGCUCCUCAUGCGCGCCAUGUUCAUGCACUAUCACGACAAAGAUUUCCGUUCCGAUGCCGCAACUUUGAUAUUUUUGAUGGCAUUUUGCGAUUUCAUCGUUGGCGAAGACGAAUUAAGUGUCCCGAAAGCCUUGAGUGAACUUUUCAUCCCCUUCCAAUGCGAAUAUCACGACGUCACAAGUCCCUACGACAAAACAAGCGACCUUGAAAUGAUGUUUUUGGCAGAAAUGGACGACGAUGAGCAACCUUAUGACGACAUUUUGUUCGUAAUUGAUGAAAAAACGUCCCCGAAACGCACGAAAAAGACAACUUUCGCUCCGAUCGGAAGCUCUGACGAGCCAUGGCAGUACCUGAGAAUGACAUUUACCUCACUCUGGUUCGGCGGAAGUGAAUUUGUGCUGCAAAACGUGAACGAAUCUGAAGGAUUUCGCGGCGUUGUCAACUACAAACGUUUCCCAAAGGGACUUUCUGGUUCAGAAAUUUUAGAUUUUGACCCGAAAUUGGAAGUUUUGGAAGCUGACAUCAAUUUAAUGAAGAUAACUUCGUUGCCGGAGAUGAUAAAACAUCAAAUUUCGUUAAUCGAUCAGGCGGCGUCGCAUGAAAAAGCAUCAAAAAACGUCGCUUGUCUUAAAUCUGUCAUAUUUUUGCCGCAUUAUGAGGAACAUUUGCCCAAAGAUUUGAUGAAAGUGCUCAAAAGGUUCGUCGUUGUGCAGCCAAAAACGGAUGAUGAUGAACAUUUGUUCAAAUUAGUGCUCGAUUUGUUGUCACAUUUGAUCAAAAUCGGUUACGACACGAUCCUGAAGUGGGCUUUGACGACUUUGAACGAUCAUAACUCGACUUUUAUCCGACUUUUGCACGACAAAAGGCAAUCUUUGGGAUUAUUUCACGCAAAUAUCGCAUUUGUCGAGACCUGCAUUCGAUUUUUUUGCCUCACAGGCGAUGCGGAAAUUCAAAAAUUGCUUCAAACUGACUCGCAAGGCGGUUUGGUCUUGCAUAUUUUCGAAAUAAUGUCCGAAGAAUUGAUAAAAUGCGACAAAAAUCGGGUCCAAGCGCAACUUUCCCUGAUGAAAACCAUCUCAGAGUUCGCCGAAUUGGAAACUGACGAAACUUUCUUGAACAAAGUCAUCGGGCAACUCUUCUACUGCCUCAAAUCUUUGAAUUCUUUGACAUUUUCGGGCUCGUACAUCGCCAAAAAUUGCCUUUUCACGAUCGGAAACGUCAUGAAGCUCAUCCAACAGCCAAAUUUGGACCCGAAUCUCAUCAAACUCCUUCAAGCGUAUUGCGGGCACAAAGAUUUUGUCGUUCGAGCCGCUGCUUGGAGCAUUUUCGCCGAAAUUUGUACAUCCCAGAGCGGCGCCAAACAAGUUAUUUACGAAUUAGCUGAUCAUUUGCCCGGCGGAUUGCAUGCUUGCAUCAUCCAAACGUUGCUCGAUGUCGAGGAAGUCAGCUUAGUUAAAGGAACAGCAGCAACUCUCUUCGUAAAUCUUCUUUCCUUCAAAAAUGAACGAGGAUUGGUACAAGAUGUUUGGCCCAGAUGCACGAAAAAACCAAUUGACCCCAAAAAAUUCGACGGAUUUGAACUUUUGGUGCAACUUUUGAAUAAACAGCGAUUUUUGGAGCUCGUUCGGGAGCAACUCGAUCGAUUCGCGCCCAAUAUUUACAUAAAUCCCGAAGAAAAAAUGGAAAUUUUGACGUUUCCGGACACAGUUAUUCAUUUGGCGAACAUUUUAAUCGCUGUGAGUGAUGUGAGACCAAUUUGUGCCUUGACGGAGGGAGAAAAGUUGACGUUGGAAGCCUUUUUGAGAUGCACUUAUCCGAUUGUGCCGCGAAAUAUUGGGUCGACGACGUUGGCGAUGGUUACAAGUGUUUGUAAUUUGCUCGCGAGAUAUUUGACGCACGAUAAAAAAUUGUUGGAUAUUUUUGUGCAUAAUUCGUGGUUUGUUGGCAGUAUGUUACGAUUGUUGGAUUUGGCUUUUUAUGAUCAAGAAGAAAUUUGUGCGAGAACUUGUACGAAUAUUUUGCAUUUGAUGCAAAUUUUGGCCCAAUAUCCAGUUGGUUAUGAAUUAAUUUGUGUGUCUUUGGAGCAAAUGAAGCCGGAAAUUAUCAUGCAUUUUAUCAAUUAUAACAUGACAGGAGUUGAAAAGCCAACUCUUCUAAUUGACGUCAUGAACUGCCUUACGGUUCUCACAACGAAACACGUGAACAACUCCUCAUCAUUCAGUUCACUUUUGGACACAACUUCCAUCGAAGAUCCUCUCUCACAACCUUCAAACGAUGGAAAUCCCGUCAUCGGCUUAGCUUCCGAAGUCCUCACAAAACGCUUAAUUUACAUCUUUGACGUCGUUUGCGAGCAAGACAAACCCAAAAGUGGCGUUUUUCACAUGUCCGAACUCAAAAUCGCGACUUACAAUUGUCUCCAAGCUCUUUUGCGGUACACGGAAAAUGCAGGAACGAUCGCCGUUGAUUGCUUACUUUUCGAAAAAAUCCUAAAUCGCUUGAACACGAUCGCUCUUGACGUUGGCAUGACGAUGCGAGAUUUCAUUCACAAGUACGGCGAUCGCAAAAAGAAGCCAAUUUUGCAGGAAUUGGGACUCAUAGCUGGUUUAUUGAGUAAUUGGUAUUGUCGCGUCUCGAUGUUGGAUGACAUGCAAGCGGAGCAGUUGCUAAAGUCGUUGAUGAAUGUGUGGGAAUGGACUGCGGAUGGCGAGUUGUUGUUGAAAAUGAUGACAGCGUUGAUGGUUUUGAGCGAAAAAUCGUUCGUUGUGUGUCGAGGACUUGCGGUUUAUCAGAGUUUUAAUCAUCCGGCGUUCGUGAAACGAGUUGCGGAUAUUGCGAAGAAUGAAACGAGGAAAGUUAAGGGAGCUUCGAAUUUGCUUGGAGUGCUGAGAGUUGCGAUUCGGGUGUUGAUUAAUUGCUGUAGUUGCGUCGAGGGUCGAAUUCAACUUCAUAAAAUCAACGUUCUCGAAAUUUUCGAACAUUUCCAACCGCCACUCAUGAAAAAGAACAAAACCAUGCGACAAAUGGCUCCUCUUUGGCUCGAAUUCUACGAAAUUUUCUCCCGUUACUUGGAAGGAUCAACUGCGCGUCAUCUUUACCUUCUUUGCACUUUUGCACGCAAACAAGAUGCCAACGUACGCAUUCCAGCAAUGAAAAUUCUCCGAAAUAUGGCUUUCAAUUUGGGAAAUCGUUCGAAUUUACUCACGUCAAAAGAUUAUCAAUUCCUCGUGAGAGAAAAACUCGACUCGGGUGACAUCGAGGAACGAAUUAUGAUUAUUUCGUCUCUUUGGAAACUCGUCGCGAAUCAAUGGAAACACAAAAAUGAACUGAAAAACAGUGCAGUUUACAUUAAACUUAACAAUUUAUCCAAAACUCUUGCCGAUAAAUUUGAAACUGAAAGUGAUUUGUACAAAAUUCUUACUUGUUUAUUGGAUAUUCUUAGUUCGUAAA